AAAUUUUACUUCUCUUGUCUGUCAGUCAGAAUUACAUGCACGUUUUUUCAUACGUGCUUCUUUCUGCUAAAUUAAUCACUAAAGUUAAGAAAAUUUCAUCAUUCUCUGUACAAUUUCAUUGUGACAUCAAUUAAAAACAACCCAACAAACUCAUCAUGUCCUGGAUUUUGGGAAGAAAUCAUCCACAAGCACCAGCCCAAGAAACUACCGGAGAAUCAAAUGUUGGAACCGCAGGUCAGGCCACUGGUGACCCUGGCUUAACCAAGGCCGAAAAGAAAGCCAUGGAAGCCUAUCGAUUUGAUUCAUCUGCUCUGGAACGAGCCGCCGAAGCUGCCAAAACCUUGGAAAGAUCCAAACAUGCUAGAGAAGCCCUUGAUCUAUCCAAGAUGCAAGAAAGUACUCGUCAACAAGAGUACAUGGCUAAAGUGAAAGAGUAUGAGGCCCAUAUUGAGCAGGCAAAAUCUGAACAAAAGCGUGUUGAUCACGAGGAACGCCGCAAGACGUUGAUUGAAGAGACUAAGCAACAACAACAGCGAGCGCAAUAUCAAGAUCAACUUGCAAGAAGACGCUAUGAAGACCAAUUGUCACAGCAACAACGAGUUCAAGAGGAGAACCUUAAAAAACAAGAAGAGAGCGUAGCACGUCAAGAAGCAAUGCGCCGUCAAACAAUCGAGCACGAAAUUGAGAUGAAAGAAAAAAAUCGUCUUAAACUGUUGGAACACGAAAUGAGAACCAAAGCCAAGGUUGAUAGGGAGAAUCGUGAUAUUAAUUUAGAACAGAUUCGUCUUAAGGCUCAGGAACAUCGAGUCACCGUCCUUGAAGGAAUCAAAACUGCUGGUACAGUUAUUGGAGCUGGUUUCGAGGCGAUGCUUACCGAUUGGGACAAGGUGUUAACAGCAGCUGGUGGUUUGUCAUUAGUCGCUCUUGGUGUUUAUUCAGCUAAGGGAGGAACUGGUGUUGUUUCGCGAUACAUUGAAGCUAGAAUCGGAAAACCAAAUUUGAUUGGUGAGACAUCUCGAUUUGCUCUGACAGACGCUCUGAAAAAUCCACUGCAAUAUCUCAAACGUUUGAAAUCGAAACCGGCAGAUGCUCUUCAAGGUGUUGUUUUGAAUCCAGCAUUAGAAGAACGUCUAAGAGACAUAGCCAUUGCUACAAAGAAUACACGCCAAAAUCGCGGACUAUACCGCAACAUCCUAAUGCAUGGACCUCCGGGAACUGGUAAAACUAUGUUUGCCAAGAAAUUGGCACAACAUUCGGGAAUGGACUAUGCCAUUAUGACUGGAGGCGAUGUUGCACCAAUGGCUAAAGAAGGAGUCACAGCAAUUCAUAAAGUGUUCGAUUGGGCUAACACCAGCCGUCGAGGUUUGCUGUUGUUUGUUGAUGAAGCAGAUGCUUUUCUGCGAAAGCGAUCAUCUGAACAAAUUUCCGAAGAUCUAAGAGCUGCCCUGAAUGCAUUUUUAUAUAGAACUUCUGAACAGAAUCCAAAGUUUAUGCUUGUGUUGGCAAGUAAUACUCCCGAACAAUUUGAUUAUGCUAUCAACGAUCGAUUGGAUGAGAUGGUUGAGUUCAAUUUGCCUGGAUUGGAGGAACGAGAAAGAUUACUUCGAUUAUACUUUGAUAAGUUUGUACUCGAACCAGCUGCACAGGGAGCAAAGCGUUUCAAACUGGAACAAUUUGACUAUGGUGCUGCGUGCUCUAAGAUGGCUAAGCUCUGUGAAGGAAUGUCUGGUCGUGAAAUUUCGAAAUUGGGAGUAUCAUGGCAAGCAGCUGUAUAUGCAUCCGAAAAUGGAGUUUUGACAGAAAAAAUGGUUAUGGAUCGCUGUUUGGCUGCAGUUGAACAACACAAACAGAAGGUGGCAUGGCUGUCAGAACAGGAGAAGGGCGAUUACAAAUCCAUCACUGGAGGAGGAAAAGACUCGCAGUGAUUGUCAUAAAAUCUCUCUCAAUUUUUUUUAAAGACUUAAGACCUCAGUUGACAGGAAAAAUCUGUUAUUUUUUUUAACCUUAAUGCAUUCAUUUAGUUUGUAUUUAUAGUAAAAAAUCCCAAUUGUUUAUAUUUUGAAAUGUGUUGAUAUAAAACAAUAAAAUUGUUUAAUUUACAUAUUUCACAUAUAAACAGUUGCGAUUAAAGGUCUUCCGCCAACAGUACAAGUGAUUCCGUUAUACAAAUCGCUAAAGUAGAUGGUAGUUUUAUAUUUUCUACUAUGUUGGAACUUAUCCAUCUGUUAUGAUCGAUUUAAAACUUUUGAGACUGAAAACCAUUUUUAAUUUGACGGGAUUUGGUUUUAUUAAAAGUUGUGCAAACGAACAAACUGGCUUUAGAAUUAAAUUUUUAUUGAGAUAUAUUCAUAUAAGCUAAGUGUGCGGACUCAGGAAACACAUUGAAUUGAAAAUUGUUAAGUUAUGUUGGCGCAUUCCUAUUUUGUUUUUCUUUUUGGCAUAUUCCUUGGGAAAUUUAUAUUAAACUUCCUUUCACUGCCAUUUAAAUUUUGUGUUUGUUUAUGAUUUUAUAAAAUUGUUUUAUAUAGUACAAUUGAAUAAAUAUUGUUCAAUGUUUAUGAACAAAAUGCAAAAGAAAAAACACAAAUUGUAAUUAAGGAAAAUAUAACGUUGUUACAAACUA